AUGAGUUGUGAUUCAGUGGACGAACAGAUGUAUGAAUUCUGGCAGUCUUUGGCCAGAAGUGCUUUUGGAGAUAUGGUUAACGAUAGUGAUCGCAACAAAUUGUACUUUAAGGCCAUCCAGAAGACAAUGACUCAUCUGAAGACAUACAAAGAGGACAUAUUAGGUGUGGACAUCGGCACCGGCACUGGACUCCUGUCAAUGAUGGCCGUGAAGAGUGGCGCCCAUCGAGUCGUCGCGUGCGAUUGUUUUGAACCCAUCGUCAGAUGCGCUCAAAGUAUUGUCCAAACGAAUGGAUUCUCAGAUAGUAUUCAAGUGAUUCACAAGAGAUCCGAUGAAUUGACUGUCGGUUCAGAUGGAUGUGAUUUGGAGAGAAGGGCUGAUGUCUUAGUGGCCGAACUCUUUGACACCGAAUUGAUAGGCGAGGGAGCGAUCAGUACUUACAGACACGCCGUUCAGAAUCUGUUAACUCCUGAGGCACUACUGGUGCCGUCGAGGGCUCGCAUAUACUGCCAAUUGGUUCAAUCGGAGUCAUUGUUUUCUUACAAUCAGUUCAGAGAUAAUAUUCAAAUCAACGAUCAAUUAAUGAAUGCCUUGAAACCAAAUGAAGACUUUAUUGUAGUGACAGAACCAGAGGUUGUGUUUGAGUUUGAAUUCAAUAAUCUAUCGACACUUCAGCCUAAAGACCGAAAAAUAAUUAAAUUCAAGACAACUCGUGAUGUGAGCGGUCCUCUCGUUUUAUUCAUGUGGUGGACAUUAGACAUGGACUUCGAGGGCGAGAUUGUCUUGAGUUGUGCUCCGUUUUGGACAUACAAUCAAAGUUCAAUUAACUCAGAGACUAUUCCCUGGAGAGACCAUUGGAUUCAAUCGAUAUAUUAUUUGUCGGCAAAGAAUAGACAUUUCGAUCUUAAAGCAAAUGAAACCAUUAAAGUGGAAGCAAAUCGAGAUGAAUAUAGUCUUUGGUUUAAUGAAUCCGAUGACGAGAACUACUGCUCAGAUUCACUGGGAUUUCAGUGUAAAUGUGGUCUUCAUUUGUUUGUCAGUAGAACUCGUAUUUCAAUGAUUAGUGAUGUCUCUCGACUCAAACGUUAUAACAAAGCCAUUGAAGACAUCCAUAAUUCUAUGGCAAACGAUUCAACUAAUGCCCUGUUUAUAGGAGAUUCAAGUCUUGUACCAAUCAUUGCCUCGAAAUAUACGAAAAUUAAAAAAGUCUUGUGUUUAGCAAAGAAUAAACAAACCGAAGAUUUUAUUACCAGUUAUUCGAAGUCAAAUGGAUGUGAAGAUAAGAUCGAAAUAAUUCGAGACUUCGAUCAAAUUGAAGACAAAACAGUGGGCUUAGUAUUAGGCGAACCCUAUUUCAACUGUAGUGAUCUCCCAUGGGAUCACAUCCACAUCUGGCAUCUCUUCCACAAUAUUCCCUCAAAUGUGUUGUCAAAUGAUGUGAUUUUAAUGCCAAACAAAGCCCUCAUAAAAGCGAUUCCUAUAGAGUUCGACAACUUGUGGAAAAUCAAUUCCGACGUCGGCUCUGAUGUCGAGGGCUUUGACUUAAGAUUUUACGACCAAUUGAUUAAAUCGGCAAAAGCCGAGAGCGACGCCUCCAUUGAGUCACACCCUCUAUGGGAAUAUCCGGUAUUAGUGACGGGAGGAACGGGUCUCGUGGGACGGGCUAUAGAAUCGGUGGUCAAUGCGAACAAAGAAGAGUUUGAUUGCUAUUCGUUUGUAUUCAUCGGUUCCAAAGACGCGGAUCUGUCGGACGAGACACAGACCAGAGCUCUGUUCCAAAGGGUUAGACCUAAUUAUGUGAUCCAUUUGGCGGCACUGGUAGGCGGACUCUUCUCCAACCUCAACAAUAACCUGCAAUUCCUGCGAAAGAAUCUCUCCAUCAAUGAUAACGUGUUGCUUAUGUCUCACGAGAUGAAUGUCAAGAAAUGCAUAUCAUGUCUGUCCACCUGUAUAUUCCCCGACAAAACCUCUUAUCCGAUCGACGAGUCGAUGAUCCAUUUGGGACCACCGCAUGACUCCAACUUUGGCUACUCUUAUGCCAAACGAAUGAUUGAUGUCUUGAAUAAAGCCUAUCAUAACUACAACUGCAACGAUAGCACCGGCGCUCACAAAACUGUAUUCACUUCUGUAAUCCCGACGAAUGUAUUCGGAAGCUAUGAUAACUUCAAUGUCGAUCACUCGCAUGUAAUCCCGGGGCUCAUCGCAAAGGCGUAUAAAGCGGUGACUGAAGCCAAACAAAAAGGAGCCAAAAAUGCAAAACUGGUUGUGUUUGGAUCGGGAGAACCGAAGCGUCAGUUCAUAUAUUCAAUAGAUUUGGCAAAACUGAUCAUUUGGGUCUUGAAGUCAUACGAAGAGAUCGAUCCAAUCAUUCUGAGCGUUGGAGAAGAGGAUGAGAUCAGUAUUAGAGAAGCGGCGCAAGAAGUUGUCAAUGCCUUCACCGACGAUCACAUGAAACUAGAGCUCGAAUUCGACCGAAACUACAGCGACGGACAGUUCAAGAAAACGGCAAACAAUGGAAAACUUCGCAAAUAUUUACCUGACUUUGAAUUCACGCCAAUCCAUGUGGGGAUCAAAGAAACAUCAUACGAAGAGAUCGAUCCAAUCAUUCUGAGCGUUGGAGAGGAGGAUGAGAUCAGUAUCAGAGAAGCGGCGCAACUCAUCGUCAAUGCCUUCACCGACGAUGACAUGAAACUAGAGCUCGAAUUCGACCGAAACUACAGCGACGGACAGUUCAAGAAAACGGCAAACAAUGGAAAACUUCGCAAAUAUUUACCUGACUUUCAAUUCACGCCAAUCCAUGUGGGGAUCAAAGAAACAGUUGAAUGGUUUCGACACAACUAUUCAACGGCAAGAAUAUAA